CCCAAUUUGCCCCCAACUUUUGAACAACACACUAAACAGAUUUGUGUGUGUGAUAUGAGCGAAGUGGACUCAAACUCACUGAGAAUCCAAAUGCAAAUGACUACAUAGAAGAACUGAAGAAGACUCUGCAGAUGCAGAGAAAAUCGACUUGGUGCAGAGAUGAGAACGUCGUCGUUUUCUCUCCUCUCUCGCCUCCGCCACUCCCGCCGCUCCUCCUCAAUGAUAGGUGGAAGAAGAGGGAGAAAUCAAUGAUAGGUCUGUCGAGCUUGAUCAGGAGAACAACACCAUCGUCUUUUGCAUAUAUAUGCGAGAAGAAUGGAAAUUCUCUCACAAACAAGAUGGACGAACUAGCAUGCUUUGCUCCAGGAAUGCUCGCUUUAGGAUCAUCUGGUUAUGGUCCUGAUGAAUCUAAGAAAUUCUUAUCACUUGCAGAGGAGCUUGCUUGGACAUGCUAUAAUUUUUACCAGUCAACACCAACAAAAUUAGCUGGGGAGAACUAUUUCUUUAAUGCAGGGCAGGACUUGAGUGUGGGAGAAAUCAAUGAUAGAGAUUGGUACACAAAUGUCUGGUUGACUGGUUGGGGUGCAUUCGUGCAUUAA